AGGUUGCAACAAUGUGAAAGCGAGGCAGGAAUUCCACAAUACCAGGCGAAGGAGUUUUCGGCGCUGAGCUGGUAGUCUCAAUCAAAGGGAAGGCAAAUAAGCAAUGCCGAGAGAUGUAAGAUGGCAGAGCUACAAAUGUUGUUAGAGGAAGAAAUUCCAGCCGGCAAAAGAGCCCUUGUCGAGAGUUACCAGAAUCUCACCAGAGUUGCAGACUACUGUGAAAACAAUUAUGUUCAGGCCCAGGACAAGAGGAAGGCCCUGGAGGAGACCAAGGCCUACACCACCCAGUCCCUGGCCAGCGUGGCCUACCAGAUCAACGCUCUGGCCAACAACGUGCUGCAGCUCCUGGACAUCCAGGCCUCGCAGCUCCGACGCAUGGAGUCCUCCAUCAACCACAUCUCCCAGACGGUGGACAUCCACAAAGAGAAGGUGGCCCGGCGGGAGAUCGGGAUCCUGACGACCAAUAAGAACACGGCGCGGACCCACAAGAUCAUCGCCCCCGCCAACAUGGAGCGUCCCGUGAGGUACAUCAGGAAACCCAUCGACUACAACGUCCUGGACGAUGUGGGCCACGGGGUCAAGCAGCAGCACGGAAACAACCAGUCCAUCAGGGGAGGAGGAGGAGGAGGAGGGACGUUAUCACGGACCAAUCCGCCCACGCAGAAGCCUCCGAGCCCGCCCAUGUCGGGGCGUGGCACGCUGGGCCGCAACACGCCCUAUAAGACCCUGGAGCCGGUGAAGCCGCCCACGGUGCCCAACGACUACAUGACCAGCCCGGCCCGGCUGGGCAGCCAGCACAGCCCGGGACGCACCGCCUCUCUCAACCAGAGACAGAGGACCCACAGUGGCAGCAGUGGGGGGAGUGGCAGCAGGGAGAACAGCGGGAGCAGCAGUAUCGGCAUUCCCAUCGCCGUGCCUACGCCUUCCAUUCCCAACUCUGGACCAGUCCCGCCCAUGUCUUCUCCUCCUGGGGCACCUCCACCUCCCCCAGCCCCUCCUCCUCCUCCUCCAGCCCCUCCCCUACCAGGGCUGGGGACUACAGACGCAGCUCCAGUCGUAGCGGUGGCCCCUGGGCCAGGUUUGGGUCCCAUCCCCAUGUCCCAGUUCGGCACCAUCUCGCGGCAGAUCUCGCGGCACAACUCCACCACCUCCUCCGUUUCCAUGGUCUCGGCCACGGGCACCUAUCGCAGGGCUCCGUCAGUCACCUCCCAGUUCUCCCUGCAGCAGCAACAGCAGUUACAGCAGCAGCAGUUGUUACAGCAACAACAACUACAACUACAGCAGCAGCAACAACUACAGCAGCAACAGCAGCCUCAUAUGAAUGGGGGUACCCUGGCCUACACCCAGAACUCAAUGUCUAUCGCUCCCCCGCCACCUCCCAUGCCUCAGCUCACUCCCCAGAUUCCUCUCACAGGCUUUGUGGCCCGGGUGCAGGAGAACAUCGCCGACACCCCCACUCCCCCUCCGCCUCCCCCCCCGGACGACCUGCCCCUGUUUGACGAGGCUCCGCCCCCCCCGCCGCCGCCGCCCCCCCCGGUGGACUACGAGGAGGAGGAGGCGAUGGUGCACUACAACGACCCCUACGCCGACGGGGACCCCAGCUGGGCUCCCAAGACCUACAUGGAGAAAGUGGUGGCCAUCUACGAUUACUGCCAGGAUAAGGACGAUGAGCUGUCCUUUAUGGAGGGAGCCAUCAUCUACAUCAUCAAGAAAAACGACGACGGCUGGUUCGAGGGCAUCUGCAACGGCACCACCGGCCUGUUCCCUGGCAACUAUGUUGAGUCGAUCAUGCACUAUGCCGACUGAAUGGACCCUACCACAGUAUAUUUAUUCAGGCAUAUCUUUCGAGACCAAUAAAACAGAUCUGACCCUACGAAGUACAGACAAGUGCUUUUGUUUGACAGAAUUACAGAAUGUUUUUACCCCCCCCACCCCCCCCCCCCCUUUACUGUGCAAAUGCAUUUAAAACAAAUAAAUAUAUCUACUUGUAUUUGUGUGAUAUGGGUGGGUCUGGGACAUUAUAAAAUAAACAAAGUUGCUUAUAGGAUCAGACUACAAACUACAAGAGCAUUUUGCAGUCUCCAAAGAGGGUGACACUAGCUGAAGGAUGUAUAUCCUGACUCCCACAUUGUCCACGUAUGCACAACAUGUUUCAUGUUCAUUUUACUUUCCCUAUAAUUAUUCAAUGAGAGUAUUAUGCUACGCAGAACAAAUGUUUUCCCCCCAGAUGUGAUACAAUGCAUAUGCCGGCUCUGAGCAUAUCAUUCAAUUGUGUCCUUACUGAUAAUUGUACAGGAUAUAAUGUGCUUUACAGCCAAUUGGAUGUCUGUAGUUUUAAAUUAAAUGAAUCUCAAUCACUGUAUUUUACCCAGUCUGAAUACCACACACACAUCAGUCAAAUAUGUCCCCACCAACAGAAGGGUUUUAAUCAAGGUUUUACCAUAUGGUGCCAUUUCAUUAUCAAGACUGAUCGAUUUUGAAGUUUGAAGCUGUUUGAAUAGCAGCAUUUUUUUUUUCACCCAACCGGUUAUACUUAACAUUGUCUUGGUGUAAAGCAUGCAUACAAAAUUCAGAGAAAUGUGUAUAACCUUUGUUUUACGCCAUUAUAAUUCUAUUAUGUUAUGUACAUGCAAUUUAGGGUUUAUGAUAUUGUUGAAUCACUGACUUGUUGAGACUUAAACAAUGUUUAUGGUCUGUACUUAAACAUGUAAUAUUAAGUGUAAAAGAUGAUUUCUUACAUCUGAUCAUAUUUCAGGUCAAGUAAUCAUUCUGAUCCAGAGUAUAAAAGUCUCAACUUAGGAACAUCUCCCGUUUCUCAUCAUUGUGUGUAAAACACAGUUUAGGGAACAUGUCAACAUUAAUAAAGUCUUACUAAUCUGAACAACAUGGAAUAUCUGUAGAUAGCCUACAGUUUUUUUAUGCUAUUAAGUAUCUAAUGUUAACGAUCGAUAAUGGAAUAUGAUAGAUUGUAAAUUAGUGUUUUCUGGGCUCAAUUCUCAAACUGUUUUGCUGUUGUGUGCAUAAACGCUCUGCCGGUUUUACAGUUCAGUGGUAUAAAGGAGACCGAGCUGACAACGUAUACCUCCUUCACGUGCCGAAGAGCAAGAAUAAACAAAUGUAUACUGUAGCUCGUCCUGUUUCUCAACUGUCAUCAUUUGAAUCUGGUUCGAUAACUCAGGUCUGGAACCCAUCUUGAUGCCAAGUGGUUUCCUUCCUUAUUGACCCAGAAUGAUUCCUCUCACUUUGUCUACACUCUUCAUAGCUCUAGUUAUAGUAUACCUGUGUUUUACCAAUCUGAUCGAUUAAUGGCUUUUUAGGUUGGUGUUUUUAUUUUUCUCAUGUGAGGUUAGAAUGGAACCUUACGCUAGAGUAAUCAGUUUCCUCAUUCCUGAUAGUCUUCCCUGAAUGGACUCAUGCGACACAGGAUUAACUGCGCUCAUCAAUGUUGACCCUUUUCAGGAUAUUGCUGCCAAUGCCUUGAAACUUCUGUCUGUGUGCUUUGUUAUAUCAAAGGUAUAGAAGUGUUCCUGCUCAGUUUCACAGGUGAAAAUGUUGAAUACUCGUCUUUCUCUCUCUGCCCUUAAUUUGUAUAUAUAAUAUGUUAAUUGAAAAAAUUAAUGUACAGUCUUUUAUAAUAAACCAUUCUAUGAAUAAUG